GAAAGCUUGCUGAGGAGUCUGAUUCGCUCGAUGCCUCUCUCCUCUCUCUCCUCCCAUCUCUGUGUCUGUACAGAGUGCGCGCGUCUCUCGUGGAGCGUGUCGUCGACCGAUCGAACAAGCGCUGCUCUUCCUCGACGCAUUCCUCGCGGAAACUUGAUUUGAUAGGCGGGUUUUCGAUUUCUCGCUGAGCGCAUUGAUUUCAGUCGCUCGCGAUGCCGGGGUUGGAUUUCCAAGGAGAAAGAGAGCAAUGCCGAGAGUUUCUCAAAACCUAUGUGGAUGACUACGGAGAAAUCAAGUAUAUGAACCUUCUGCAACAGGUGGCAAAUCGGAAGCAACGUACCGUCGUCAUCGAUGUCGAUGACAUAAGAGGAUUGAAGGGCUUGGAUACAUCUUUUGUGGAAGGUCUGGAGAACAACACCAGACGAUACUUGGGUCUUUUCGCAGAGGCCAUUGAUGAACUCCUACCUGAGCCGACGGUGCCCCUGCCCAGAGACGAUGAUUUUGAAAUCUACUUGCGGCAACGCACGGAAGAAACUGAGGAUAGGACGGAUAACCGCGGUGAUCCACAACACAAGCUGCCUCCUGAGAUCAAGCGGUCCUACGAGGUGCACAUAAAAGCGGGGUCCAAAGAGAAGCCACAAACUCUGCGAGACGUGAAGGCAUGCCAUAUAGGGAAACUAGUGAAGGUGAAGGGUAUAGUCACUCGAUGCACCGAUGUAAAACCACUCAUUCAGGUGGCUGUUUACACUUGCGAGCUGUGUGGUUUCGAGAUAUAUCAGGAAGUGACGGCCCGGACGUUUAUGCCUCUGUUCGAGUGCCCCUCGACGAGGUGUCGUUCUAACAAUGCCAAGGGCCGCGUAAGCCUUCAAGUUCGUGCGUCCAAAUUCCUGAAGUUUCAAGAGGCUAAGAUUCAGGAACUGGCAGAAAAUGUUCCAAAGGGGCACAUACCGAGAACCAUGUCUGUGCACAUUCGUGGAGAGCUAACUCGGCAGGUUGGUCCUGGAGAUUUGGUGGAGAUAUCGGGGAUAUUUUUGCCGAUUCCUUACACUGGAUUUCGAGCAAUGCGUGCUGGGCUCGUGGCUGACACUUAUUUAGAAGCAAUGUCAAUUUGCCACUCCAAAAAGCGUUACGAGGAAUAUGUCAUGGACGCGGAUGAACAGUACCAGAUUGAACAACUUGCCAAAGAUGGAGACAUUUACUCAAAGCUUGCCUCUUCAAUAGCUCCGGAGAUAUUUGGUCACGAGGACGUGAAGAAGGCUCUUUUGCUUCUUCUAGUUGGAGGCCCCACUCGUCAGCUCAAGGACGGAAUGAAGAUUAGGGGUGACAUUCACAUUUGUUUGAUGGGAGACCCUGGAGUGGCGAAAAGUCAGCUAUUAAAGCACAUCGUCAGCAUAGCUCCUCGUGGUGUAUAUACAACGGGACGUGGAAGUAGUGGUGUCGGUCUGACUGCUGCUGUCACCCGUGACUCCAUUACGAAUGAAAUAGUUCUCGAAGGAGGAGCCUUGGUGCUGGCAGACAAUGGUAUCUGUGCUAUUGAUGAGUUCGAUAAGAUGGAAGAGUCCGAUCGUACUGCUAUUCACGAGGUGAUGGAACAGCAGACUGUGAGCAUUGCGAAAGCUGGAAUCACAACAUCUCUGAAUGCACGUACAGCCGUCCUUGCGGCCGCCAAUCCUGCAUGGGGUCGAUAUGACAUGAGGAGGACACCUGCAGAGAAUAUCAACCUUCCGCCAGCCCUUCUUUCUCGAUUUGAUCUCAUGUGGCUCAUCCUUGACCAUGCCGAUAUGGACAGUGAUCUUGCAUUAGCCCGUCAUGUUUUGCACGUUCAUCAGUUUUCUGCUCCUCCAGCCCUGGACUUCACUCCUUUGGAUUCAUCAACUCUAAGGGGAUAUGUAGCAUUAGCAAGGAGGGUCACACCCUAUGUCCCCGAAGAUCUAUGUGAGUACAUGGCGAGCGCCUAUGCCACACUGCGGCAGGAAGAAGUUCAAAGCGAUGCCCCUCACUCGUACACCACCGCUCGGACCCUUCUUAGCAUCAUACGCGUCUCGGAGGCCCUCGCACGGUUGAGAUUUUCUGAUAUGGUCGUGCAAAGUGAUGUUGAUGAGGCACUAAGGUUGAUGCAAAUGUCGAAGUUCUCCCUCUAUGCCGAUGAUCAAAAGAAGAAGGGUCUUGACGCCAUCUCUGACAUAUAUUCCAUCAUACGUGACGAGGCCUCUAAAGCUCAUAGUUUGGACGUCACUUAUGCCAAUGCCCUGAAUUGGUGUUCAAGAAAGGCUUACACAGAAGCACAACUGAAGGAAUGCUUGGAGGAGUACGCAGUUUUGAACGUCUGGCAGAUUCAUCCCGACACCUUUGACAUCCGCUUUAUUGACGCUUAACAAAAGUUUAGCCUCUAGCACAAAUAGUGACACCUUUGACAUCCGCUUUAUUGACGCUUAAGAAAAGUUUAGCCUCUAGCACAAAUAGUUUAUCAGACCUACCAUUCGUUCACAGAAGAGCCCGUACUAGGUUGUACAGAAAUUCGUUAAAUACCAACAUCUGUGGUUUGCUACUUCAAGUCACUCAAGGACGCCCUUACUGUAGUUAUUUUCCAUCCGCAUCCCUUUUGCCUUGUACAACAACCGAACUCAAGAUGUAUCACUCGGUGUCCUGUUAUGCUUAUACCAUUCUUUAGCAAGGUUCCUAU